AUGGGUGUGGUGCAGACGGAAAAUGAGAUUCGAGACGAAAUGAAAAGAGAAUUGACGUUGUUGGUGAAUGAAGUGGAUCUGAUUCCAGAGUUGGAACAAAUGUUGGAUGAGUUUAUUGAGAACAAAACAUGGAACGAAGACACUGAAGAGCUGUUCCGUCGAGUCGUUUUGAAGCCAUUCAAAACGUUGAGAACCGCUUUGUUGGUUGUCGACUUUCAGAAUGAUUUUGUGUCGGGCAGUUUGAGCAUUAAGGAAGGAGACGCGGAACAAGACCCAUUGGAAGCCCUUCCACAUGUCAACAAUCUUCUUCAAAACUUGAAUUGGAAUGUCAUUGUCUACUCUCAAGAUUGGCACCCAUCUAAUCAUAUCUCAUUUUUUGAGCAUGCUAGAAACCCCGACAGAGAAUUGGCUCCAGAAGAUAAGAGUCGGAAAUUGAGACCAUUCGAUAUUGUACGAUUUGUGAAGCCAGUUUCUACUAUUCAGGUACUCUACCCGAGUCACUGUAUUCAAGGCGGAUGGGGAUCUCAAUUGCAUUUGGGUCUUCAGCGCGUCGAAGGAGCUCACUACAUCAAAAAGGGUGCCGAUGUGUAUGUGGACGCGUAUAGCGCAUUCAGUGACAAUUGUGGAAUAAAGCAAUCCGAACUGGAAAUGUUGCUGCGUAAAAACGAUAUAAACGCUGUGAUUGGGUGUGGUUUGGCUUAUGAUAUUUGUGUGAUGCACACCUUGAAAGACGCAUCGAAGCAUGGGUUUUUGACUUGUAUCGUCAAAAGUGGAAGCAAAGGUCUAUCAUCGCUAAAAAUGGAGGAGGCGAACAAGAUGUUUCAAAAAAGGGGCGUGGCCAUCAUUGAUGACGAAAUGGCACAAUUGAUAUCCAGAAGAGAGGCGUUUCCAAUUGAAUGGAUCCGUCUUCUGGUCCAUCAGGCAACCAAUGAGCUUCAUGGGAAGAAAUAA